AUGCCCGACCCCGUGACAGAUCUCACGGAUUACCGAUCCCAUGCGGAUUUCAAUAAUGAUGCGCUUAGCGAAGAGUCUGACGACACAAUUGACCAUCAGGACGAGCUCGAGCUCACGCGCAUCAACACAUACCGGCUACAGCAGAAAGUCACAGUAGGGUCCACACGAGGCCCAUAUCCCCGUGAAACAUGGCUGGCAAUGGGUGCGGGAAAGGAGUAUCCGCCCCUUCUUCCAGAUCCUGAAGCAUAUGUGGUUGAAUUUGAUGGCGCAAACGAUCCUUUGCAUCCCUACAACUGGUCCCUACUUAAAAGGACAUUAAUCGUCACUAUUCUAUGCUACGGCACGUUUGCGGGGUCUUUCGCGAGUGCCGUCUUCUCGGCAGCGAUUCCAGGAUUCGCUCGAGAAUUUGAUACAAGCCAGGAAGUCGGAUCUCUUGGCGUUACACUUUACAUUUUGGGGUUUGCAGCGGGUCCAACUAUUUGGGCCCCAGGUUCAGAACUCAUCGGGCGUCGCGUGCCCCUCUGCAUUGGACUGUUUGGAUGUGGCAUUUUUACAGUAGCAUGUGCUGUCGCAAAAGAUAUCCAGACUAUCAUGAUAUGUCGAUUUUUCGCUGGCCUAUUCGCAGCUUGUCCGAUAUCGAUCGUGCCCGCCAUAUUCGCUGAUUUAUUCGACAACGCUAAGCGAGGGAUCGUGAUGUCCAUAUUUUGCAUGGCCGUGUUCAUCGGGCCUUUUUCGGCGCCGUUUGUGGGAGGCUUCAUUGCUCUGAGCCCGCUUGGAUGGCGUUGGACAAUGUACAUCUCGGCUGUCAUGGUGCUGUUAGGAUUCGUCCUUGUCCUCGCCUUCUUGGAUGAGACUUAUGCACCAGUAAUUCUAGUCCGCAAAGCAGGAGCUCUUCGUCGACAAACUCGCAAUUGGGGCAUUCAUGCAAGACAGGAUGAAGUCGAAGUGGACUUUAUGGAGCUCGCUCGUAACAACUUUACCAGGCCUGUUGUUAUGUUGAUCACCGAGCCGAUUUUGCUCCUCAUGUCCCUCUACAUAUCGUUUGCAUACGGUCUUAUAUAUGCUCUUCUUGGAGCGUAUCCUGUCAUCUUUCAGGAAACAUAUCAAAUGAACAUGGGGCUAGGAGGGUUGGCCUUUAUUGGGCUAAUUCUAGGUGAACUUCUGGGAGGAAUUCUCAUGCUUUGCCUUCAGGGCUCUUAUGUGAGGAAGCUUUCUGCUAAUAACGAUGAACCAAUACCCGAAUGGCGUCUACCUCCAGCUAUCAUUGGAGCUGUCGCAUUUGCUAUUGGAAUGUUCUGGCUUGGCUGGACCGGUUACUCAACUGAGGUUCACUGGAUAGUCCCAGUAACUUCUGGGGUAUUCACUGGAGCGGGCAUCUUUUUGAUAUUUCUCCAAUGCUUCAAUUACAUCGUUGACUGUUAUCCCACCAUGGCCGCAUCGACAAUUGCUGCCAAUACGAUCUUGCGUUCUGCUAUCGGUUGUGUCUUCCCAUUGUUCUCUCGCCAAAUGAUGGAAGGUCUUGGGGUGCAGUGGGGUGGCACUUUACUUGGAUGCAUUGCUGCAGCAAUGGUUCCAAUUCCAGUGAUAUUUAAGGUGUAUGGUUCUUGGCUGCGGAGCAAGAGCCGACUUUCAUCCGUGUCCGCGAGCGGUAUCGGGCGAAAGCACUACGAAGUAUGA